UCCGGGCAGAAUGAGUGAGUACUAUUUUCAAUACUAACAUUAAUCAGAAUAAGUCCAAGGACAACAGUUACAACAUGAAAAUCAGCACGACAAAUGGAUGCUUGGUGACGAUUAUUGUGUAUCAGAUAAGUACAAACUGUUGAAACAGAAUACUCAACGAUUUGAAAAAGAUUCUGCAAUUUUGUCUGGUUUACGUGUCUUGGCUUGGAAUGAUAUAUAUCUCUUUGGCAAUAAUAUUUUUCGCUCAGUUACGAGAUAUUUUGGGGCUCAAGUGCAUCAAUCUAUCACGUCUGGCCUGGGGUUCGAAUUAUAUCGUCCAGAAAGAUGCAAUAAAGAACUUCACUAAUGCAUGGAUGUCUCUGAGUCCCUCAUACGACUGAUGUGAAGGUUAAAGCCGGCUUCAUCAAUAAAAACACAGUUCUUCUCGAAGCCCAUGUAACUGUC